GGAAGUCUCUUUGUUGACGGCGCUGACCGAACGGCAGUCAUGUUUGGCUUUUUCAUACAGUCAGUUUGCUGGUCUUGAGCGGCGUAUUAGCUCAUGUAAAUGUCCCAGCUUUUACUCAGGUGCGUGUUCUUCAUCUGCACUUAUGAACAGGACACAGCUGAAGCGCUCCAGCAUCUUGAGGAUGGCUUUGAGCGGUUCUGAAACGAUGGACCGGGACGAACCUGAAGAGACUUUCGUAUUCCGAGCAGUGAGAAUAGCAGCUGUGGUUGCGCUAUACUGGUUUGUCUCGAUAACGAUGGUGUUCCUCAAUAAUCACCUGCUGGACAACAAAGACUUGGACGCGCCGUUGUUCGUCACUUUUUAUCAGUGUGUGGUCACUGUUGCACUUUGCUGGCUCAUGCAGCUGCUAUCAAAAAUGUGCCCACGACUCAUCGACUUCCCCUCGGUCAGGUUUGACGUGAAGCUGUCCCGGGAGGUCCUUCCGCUGUCCAUCGUGUUCAUCGGCAUGAUCACUUUCAACAACUUGUGCCUGAAACAUCUCGGGGUGGCUUUCUACACGGUUGGCCGCUCUCUGAGCACGGUUUUCAAUGUGCUGUUAUCGUACGUUAUCCUGAAACAAACCACGUCUUUCAGAGCUCUGGCGUGCUGUGGAAUCAUAUUAGGUGGAUUCUGGCUUGGCGUGGACCAGGAAGGCAUGUCAGGGCAUCUCUCCUGGACAGGCGUAUUUUUUGGGGUGCUGGCUAGCGCCUGCGUCUCUCUCAAUGCCAUCUAUACUAAGAAGGUAAUGCCUGCCCUGGAUGGAAACAUCUGGAAACUGUCCUACUAUAACAACAUCAACGCCUGCGUCCUCUUCCUCCCUCUCAUCCUUGUGUUUGGAGAGUUGGGCCAGCUCGUCAAGUUCAGCCGCCUCACUGACAUCAGCUUUUGGGGAAUGAUGACUCUCGGAGGAGUGUUUGGUUUUGCCAUAGGCUAUGUUACAGGGCUCCAGAUCAAAUAUACAAGCCCGCUCACACAUAAUGUUUCAGGGACUGCAAAGGCCUGUGCACAGACUGUCAUUGCAGUAGUGUACAACUCUUCCACUAAGACCCUGCUGUGGUGGACCAGUAACAUGAUGGUUCUUGGUGGUUCAUCUGCCUACACUUGGGUAAAAAGUCUAGAAAUGAAGAAGAGUCCCAGCACAGUCACUCAGGAUUCAGCCAAGGAAAAAUUGCUUUCAGGGGAUAAAGAAGACCAAGGGGUGUAAGUUAAUAAACUUUUGGGUUGUAUCUAUGUGGGCUGAGAAUGUUGUGACAGUGCAAAUGAAGUAACUUUUAUUCCAGCGGAAAAAGGAAAGUAAGUUAAUUAUGAUUAUUAUUGGGGGGGGUUUUGGUUUUUUUUAUGUGGCAAAUGUAGAAAGGUGAGGGGAAUUUGUAAUGUGUUGAGGUUUAUUGAAGAUGUGAGGGGAAAAGGCAAUCAGAAACCUUGUGUAACUGUGUUUGAUCUACUAUAGGCCUUUUUAUAAUUAAGGAAAGCAGUCCUUGAAUGUUUUAGACUGUUACAGUUUUGAACUGUACACCAUUAACUACUUGCUUUUGAACUAAAUAAGACUGGAAAUUGAAAGUACAUACUGUCAUUGGAUAUAUUCAUUUCAUAAUCGCGUUUCCAAACAAAUGUGAAGCAGAUCAGGAAGCGAUCUGUGUGAAUAUGUGCAUAUGUAUUUUCAUAUGCCACAGUUUACUUGUAUAACUUCACCUGGUUUUGCUUCUUACACUAAUGUAUGUGACGAGAGGCUGUUUAUUCAAAAGAAGCUACAUGAAAAGGUUUUUGGUGAGGUAUAAUUUGUAAUCUUGCUCUUUGAGGUGAUGUUAAAACAUUACAGCAUUUAAGUUUAACAGAAUGAGGCAUUUUUCUUGUGAAAGAUUGUACUUUAUGGUGUCUUUGCUAAUGAAAUGAUAAUUUUCACAUACAUUCUUUUGAUUUACAGUUGACAAAUAAAAUGUAUAGUUUUUAUACACACAUUUUCCAUCACUUCACAACAUACAGCUAAACGGACGUAAUGUGCACAGUCUGUGUUUCAGUUAGAAAUGCAUCGUAGAUCAAAAGUCCAGAGCAAAUGUAGUAAAGUUUGAGUUUUGACAUCAUUUCCUGUGUGACACUUGUUAAGAAAAUGUUUAAGGCGAGCCUCAUUUUCCUCAUUUUCCUUUCACUUCCCUGUGGGAUAAAUAAACCUGGUUGUCAUGUCAGUAGCUCAUAUGGGACAUGGAAAAGAAACUCAGUCAUUUUUACGCAGACAAAUGUAUUACAAUUGUUGAUGUGGCUGAUGCUUGGGACAUGGAGAAGUUGCCCUGAAACAUAACGAUUUUUAAUAUGAAUAAAUAAAAGCUAAGAAAUGACUCUUGUAAAA